AUGGACGCGCGGGAUUCGUCCUCGGCUGCGGCGGCAUCUGUGGCGGUAGCCUCGCCAAGGCAUGGGCAGAUGGAUGACGAUGGGGCGGCACUGACUGUGACUUGUGGGCUUGCAAAGGAUGCUGCGUCGCUGUUUCAGAGUGGACACUAUGCGGAGUGCGUCGAGGUACUGAACCAGAUACUGCAGAAGAAAGAGGACGAUCCUAAGGUGCAGAUACUAGUCCUCCCUUCUCUCGAAAUUUCUGUUUCCCGACAUCGAGUUUGCCCGUCCAGCUGACAGCUUUAAGGACUAAGCUGUGUUGUUGACUUGUGUUCUAUCUUAUUGUCUGAUUUUAAUUGAACUUAUUUUAGUUGUUGUCUUUCGGCGUUCGUCGGUUUUUGGCCUCUUUUAAGUGUGCUUUUGACUAAAAAAUAAACAAUGGAAUGGAAAGGUAAGAAAUCCUGACGUUGGUGUUUCAAGUGACCAAUUUACCUUGAGUUUUUUUUCUCGUGAGACAAUCUUAUUGGGGCUAGAAAAUAAACUUUUUUUGGCCUUAUUUUGCUCACUUUCAGUGAAUAAUUUCUUAUGCUUGUUCCUUGUAUCCUUUCUGCCUUUCUCUGUGCUUAACCGUGGAUGCUACUAUUUCAGGUUCUCCAUAAUACUGCAAUUGCGGAGUACUUCCGUGAUGGGUGUCCUGACCCUAGAGCUCUGCUUGAUGUGCUUAGAAGAGUCAAGGUAAAUAACUUUACUGGACUGAUUUAUUUUAUGCUUUUCCUAGUUUAAUCAGCCUUGAAAUUAUGCUUAGCAAUGUCCUUAUUUUGUUGAAACUUAUUUUAUCUUGAUUUCCUUCUGGAAGCUCUGAUUCAACAAAUUCAUGCUCGAGUGUUUGUUUAGUCGGUGCUAUUGUAGAUCUCCUCUCUGGACAUGAUUCGUCAAAGCAGCAAGUUUACAGUUUCUCUGGAUAAUGAUCUCACUAUUUGUGAUUAGGCAUGAAAAUCUUCUUUUUCUUUUACAUAAGGGAGAUAGUUUGUACCAAAGACCGGAUUUUCCCUUCUACCAUUUUGAACUCUUUAAAAUUUUUAAAGGGUAGUGCCUUGGGCCCCUUUUUUUUGAAUUUGGGUAGUGCCACACGCAUUAAAUAUAAAAAAAAUGAAAAGAUGAAUAUGGAAGCGCUGAAAUUAAUUAGCUGACAGUACAAAGGCCCAAAGUCCAUUUGAUCCUUCAGUACAAAGGGCCCAAAGUUUAGUAUGCAAGAUUACCAGACAGACUCUUUGACUCUUCUUUCAGUAUUCGUUUUAAAAGCCAGCCACUUCACAGCUCCUCGUAGUUCUAGGAUGUGUAAUCCAGUGCCCAGCUUGUAGAAACAUGAGCAACUUCUCAAAGGAGUAGCAUCCAAGAACUUGGUGAUCAAACGAUCCUUUUUCCCAUACCGGCUGCAGUAAACUCCAACAUUAUCCAUAUAAAGUGUGUAAGCUCCAAUGUGAAACCAUGCAUGUUUAGAUCUUCACUUUGAAAGGAGAAGUUUAUUCCUAAAAAGAAGAGACCAUAUGAUGACAUGACGUAUCAUCUGAGAGAAGAUUACAUGUGUACAUUUGACUAAACACCAUUUUAAUAGUCAAACCUUCAACUUGCUACUUCUUUGAAGAGUUCCGGUAUCAACAUGAUCACAGAUUACUUCUCAUCUUCUGUUGCCAAAAAGUAAUAUAUCAUAUGAUUAAACCAUAGAUGAGAAAAAUGAAGGAACUGUGGGGUCAUUUCUCUGUUCAUCAGGAGAUUCUAUUCACAUAUGACGUCAGAAACAAAAAGAAGUUCAUGAGUUAAUGUCAAUCAUAAAAGAACCACAAGUAUGUCGGGCAUAAUUGACAUUACACGAAUAAGCUCUAGUGUCCUUUUUUGAGCAGUAAGCAUUAAGAUCUUGUAGGAUAAGAUCCAGUUACCCCAUCAAGAAAUGCAGUGAUACCAUGUUUUUAUUCCAUUUAAGAAAUAGGCUUCCAUAUAAAUGGACAAUUGUCAAAGUCAUGUGUUGUUGUUAGUUUCUUCAGUGCUCCGCAAAUCGUAAAGCAACGCCUUCAUGUUUAGGUAUCCUGGUCACCCAGGGCGUGUAGACACGUACUACUUUCAUCUAGAGAAUUAUAACCGAUAUUAAAGUUAAAAUAUUUUUAAUUUACAUAAGGAAUAUAUCACGUGAGAGAAAAAAUAUUUAUGAGAAGUAUUAUGCUUGUGUGUUGCUAUUAUUGACUCAUAUGUAUUAAUUUAACUGUGAAUUAUUAUAGAUAUUAUUUUAGAAAGGUAUUGCCUAAGGAACUUAAAUCCUGUUGCCUAGGUGGUAGGCUGUGGGAUAUCAGUUGGUCAUCUUAUAAACCUUCAUGUUAUGCGUAUUUUAUUGGUGGCAUUUUAUUUUUAUUUGUGAAUCUAUUCAGCAUUUCAUGUGUCUGAUGUUACUGUUUUCUGUUGUGCAUUCAGUUCUUUCUUUCAUGCAAGUUUUGUAUCAAUAAGAUUGUUUUUGAUAUCUUCAAUUUUCUUUUUUGAUUCUUAUCAUAUAAAUAUUACAGACGAAAAGUGAAGAGCUUGCACGUGCAUCCAUGGAGGAAUUGGAAGUUUCUGGCAUUGUAACUUCACCACCUAAAGGGAAUAUUGACGCACUAAAUCAGAUGCCUUCAAAUAGUGCUACUGUUUCAUAUGCAGAUGAAAUAGACACUUCGAUAGUGACACUUAACACUGUAGGUCACCAAUCUUUAUUAAGUUCCACUGCUGUGAUUCUAUUUUAAAAUUUUUCUGUUGUCAAAUUUACGUAGACUAUAUUUUAUUCAGGCCAUUAUCCUUUUCCAUCUUCAUGAGUAUCCACGUGCCUUAUCAUUGUUGGAGCCACUCUAUCAAAAAUUACAUCCUUUAGAUGAGGUACUUACUAUCUAAACUAUAUGAAAACAUUUGUUUCUCUUUGGUCGACAGCCUGAUUGGAAUUCUAUUUAUUCAUUUUCAGACAACAGCACUACAUGUUUGCCUUCUACUAAUAGAUGCUGCAUUAGCUUCCAAUAAUGCUUCUGGAGCUGGAGUAAGUUGACAUAUAUAUUCUUGGGAUUCUCGCUUUUAAUUUGACCUGUACUGUUUUUGAACUAAAUUCCAUUGUUUGUUUUGCUUUUUCGUUGGACUCAAAAUGCAAAGUCUUAUCGGGUAGGGCAUGCAUAGAAAACAAAAUAUGGUUUGUCUGUGUAUACAUUACUAGGUUUUCAACAAUAAGAGUGCCCUUUUGUGAAACAGUUGAAUACAUAUGCCCUGUGUAAGCCAUAUAAAGUUGAGCAUUUGGUUUCUGUGUGAACUGGAACUUUCCACCUAUCAAACUUGAUAUUGGCUUCUUGAUGAGUGGAAAAAAGUGCCCGUCAGCGUGGGGAUAACUUUAAGUACGGUGAUCUGAGAUUUAGUUCUAUACUAUAGUUUCCAAGGCACUCACGUGCCAGUGCUUAGGCAUAGGUGGUUUAGUUCCAUUUGCAUGCCAGAUAUUUACUUGCCCACCUUUUGAGACGUGGUCUAGACGGUUAAUGUAAAUCAUGACUUGGUCCACUCCAUUGUGCCUGCUGAUUUUAUUGUCUCUUCCGGGUGCUGGUGGAAGUUCAGUUUAUGUAAAUCAUAAAACCGAAAAAUAUCAAUUUAUCCUUUCUCCCAUUCCGCUUGGUGUCAUCCACACCUAUCAACUCCUUGCACUAUGCUUGUUCUUUCCUUGGAACGACUAUCUAUUGGUUGACUCUACUAAUCAUCCGUUUACAUCUUCUCAUUGCUCAACAUCAAGAUUGUUUUAAAACCAUCACGAAGGUAGCCAUUUUUCACCUUUCUGACCAUCGCUGGUGUCAGGCCUUCUUUUCCUUUUUCCUUCAGAAAGAGAAGCCGAGACAGGCAAAUUAUUUGAUAUCAAUACAUCCACGAAAAUGAGAAAAAUCUAAAGUAGAGGAAGUGGAAGUACAAAAUGUUUCUUGGAAAAAAAACAUAGAAGUGACAAAGUAAAUAAAUACAUCAAUACUUUUAGUACAUGAAAAAUUAAACUAGAACUAUGGUUCUAUAAUGUUUCAUAGAUUAGUAGAAAAUGAUAAAUGAAACUUAGUUGAAUGCUUGUACUGUUUAAUAUAUUAUCAUCGAUUAGGUCCGGAGAGCUCAGUUGUUUUCGUCCCCUGUUCUCUGAAAUGAUUAAGCUCUUCCUGGAUACCUGUUUUCUGAAAUAGAGCAUGCCUUGGGUUCCUCAAUCACCUCUGCCCUUUUCUUUUCAUGUCUUCUCCUUUCGGUUCCGAGAUGAAUAUCAACUGCUUCCUCUACUGGCUGCAUGCUCAAUCAUUUUGCUAUGAAAUUAUUACGUUGUGAUUCUUUUUCGUUGAACUCUUAUGACUGGCUUCAAGAUUGGCUGAUGUCUUGUUUGCCCGAGAACCUAGAAAUUGUAAAAUAACUGUGAUAUAUUGUACCGACUUAGGUGAGUUUUGGGUAGCACGAGUCUUGAUAAAAUUGCCCAUCUUUGCUGCAGUUGACUGAUCUUCUGUUGGACUUAGUGCUAGAAUUUUCUUUUGCUUCUAUUAAUUCCAAAAUUGCUUACGAGAUGGCCUGUAGAAUGAUACCAGGAGUUCCGGUCCAUUGAGAGUUGAUUUAAUUCAGAGUUCAACCCCAGUUUUCUAAUGAUUUUAAGAUGAUUGCCAAUAGGUGAUGAAUUAUUAUGAAUUUAUGAAACCGCUCUUCUAUGCUCGUCAGGGAGUUUCAAUGAAAAAGGGACCUAGUAUUAGUGUAAGGUUUGGACUUGGCUAUUCACAGAAUCUCCACAGCUGUCUAUAAAGUUUCAACUUUUAUCUCAAGCUGUCCUAUGCAUUAUGCAACGCAUGGCAAGCUGUGGAGAAAUUCCGAAUUUAAGAAAUGCCUUCCAGUAAGCUUCUCCUGAUCUUGAGCAUGACCAUGAUCAGCAUCAGUUACCACCGAAGUUUGAUCUACCGCUGCAUCUGUAAUGGAAAGAGAAGAAUAGGCUGUGAGUAAUUGUAUUAUGGCUUGGGGAGGGGUAGGAGAGAAACAAUAGAGGGAAGUUAUAAGCAAAGCUUUGUUCUUGUCUCGUUAGUAUAAAUGGCUGGUCUACUUCUGAUUUCCGAUUUUUUAUCCAAAGCAAUGUCGGGGUAUUUAGUAGACCUUUUCAUUUUGGUGAUGGCUGAUUGAUCCAUGUCUACGAAAUGGACAAAGGAUUCGAAGUUUGGUGUAGAUAUGGUGUUUUUCAGACAGAACACUAAUCUUCUUUACUUUGUAGGACAUCAUAGGAUACUCACGAGCCAGUGAGAGAUAUUAACAGUAAAUAUAUUGAAAGAAAGGCAGCUCCUAUGAUUAAGAAAUAAUUUAACUUUCAGAAUUUUGCCAGAUGGUACUCUACUUGGCUUAGUUACAUGUAAGAGAUUGAUGGAUGCAGAUGACAAUGAGUUAGUGGCGAAAAGUUAAAGUUUGAUCCGCCUACCGUUUCAUUUCGGGUAGAGGGACAAGCUAUCAUGUUGGUGAUUAUAUGUGGACCUGACUCUUUUGAAGAUUUUGAUGUGAAUUAAUUCACACAGGAGAUGACCCACAUGUCCAGUUCGCUCUCUGUUUGCAUGAUGUGAGAACCUCUUAUAACUUUUAUAGGGAAUAUUUGUUAGAUCAUGCAUUUCUUGGAUGUCCAUUCUUCUUUAAAGAUUUGAUGUAUGAAUCUGCGUUAAUAAAGCACAAUAGUAGAGAAGCUUCUGGGCUGUUGGCAUUGAUGACAGAUACUUAAAGCGGUUCAAUAAGUUUAGUGGCUUACCUCACUCGCUCGUCAUUUGGAACAAAAGGAAUAGGUGAUUUUUUUUAGCGCGAGACGGAUGGUAGUCAUUUCUGUUAUCUAGAGCGAGAGGCUAGGUAAUGUUUUUGUAACAAGUGCAUGCUCCACACUGCCCUGAUGAAGAUUGUAAAUGUUGUACUCUACUUUACAAAGAACAAGAACGCUGUUAUCCUGUGACAACUGGUCUGUGAUCUCGCUUGAUGAUCGAGAAAGAAAGGCUCAUGAAAAUGCUAGCGUUUAAGCAAUGUAUUGUUGACCUGUAUACAAGUCUUGUAGGUCUGGAAAUUGACUGUACUGCCUAAGUAUUUUGGUUUUUGCUUUUAUUUUUUGAAAACCUGAAAGAGUGAAGGAUUUAUUUUAUUUUUUUUCCUUGAAUUUUCCGUUUCUGAGGAAGCAACUGUUUUUCCGUCCGUAGUGAGAUUCAUAUUACCACACACAAUACCCAUUAUCAUUGUGCAAGUUGGAAAUUUUGUGAUGUCGUUUUGUAUUUUUAAAAACAUUUGCUCCGAAAUCAGAAUGUUUUCAACUCUCUGACUCAUUAGUAUUUUGCCUCUACUCUUUUCCCCAUGCCAGGACGUAAUUCAGUAUAUGGAGAAAUCAUUUGGUGAUGGGUAUGUGGUAAAUCAAGGCGACAAUGGAAACAUUGUUCAACAGCAGGCUUCAAGCCAGGCAGCAUUAAAAAUUACCUCUACAUCAAGUGCUUUAGCUGUACCUGAUAAUGUUAGUUCAGAUUCAAGAGUUUCUGAAAACCCUUUGGAUCGAAUCCUAUCAGAAGAUGCAAUCGAAUAUGAAACUUUGUUAUCUACAUUGGAUAACAGUGGCCAGAGUAUGACAAGGCCAAAUGCUAAUAACCUCUCUAGUAUGCCAAUCGAUAGGCCUGCUCCUACUACUGAUCUGAAGUUGAAGAUGCAUCUGUACAAGGUCCGACUUCUGCUUCUGACAAGGAACCUCAAGGCAGCCAAGCGUGAGGUCAAGCUGGGAAUGAAUGUGGCGCGUGGUAGGGAUUCAUCGAUUGCUCUGCUUUUGAAAUCGCAGCUAGAAUAUGCCCGAGGUAACCAUCGGAAGGCUAUUAAGCUUUUGAUGACAUCCAGCAACAAGACAGAGCCAGGGGACUUCAGCAUAUUUAACAAUAACCUUGGGUGCAUAUACCAUCACCUACAGAAACACCACACUUCCAUUGCCCUUUUCUCAAAGGCCCUGAGGAGCAGUUCUUCACUGAAACAGGAGAAACCUCUGAAGCUUUUGAAUUUUUCCCAAGAUAAAUCCCUCCUGAUUUCAUACAACUGUGGACUGCAGUACUUGUCUUGUGGAAGACCGUUGAUGGCAGCCAAGUGUUUUCGUCUGGCUGCUCCAGCUCUCUACAACAAGCCUCUUCUGUGGCUCCGCUUUGCGGAAUGCUGCCUACUGGCUCAAUCAAAAGGAGUUCUCAAAACAAAUCUGACUAGCUUCUGCUCCUGGCCCGACCAAGUUAAGGUGCAUGUUGUUGGUUCUGGCAAAUGGCGGCAGCUGGCUGUAAGCACGAGCUCAAGAGAUAGCCACUUGGGCUCCCCUUCUGAGAGCGGCCCCUCAGUUGGCAGUCAUCAUUUCACACUCUCUCUUCCCUUUGCCCGGCAGUGCUUGCUAAACUCAUUACACCUACUAGAUAAGCUUGGACCAAGAUCUUCGGUGGUCUCUUUGGCCCGCGAAGGAGAAGCCCAGCUUGACCAUGCAGGAAAUGCCGGAUUUAGAAGCUCCAACUACAAGAACGCACAGAGCGACAUAGAGUCAGAUUCCAGAGAUAACAGGGGCAAUGUGAGCUCAAAUGCUGCUGCGGUUGACAGUUCAGUAUCUGCUUAUGAAGGACUGUGCAAAAGAGAGAAUAACAUGGUAAAACAGGCUGCUCUUGCUGACUUAGCUUAUGUGGAGUUGAGCUUGAACAACCCUCUGGGAGCACUAUCUGUUGCCUGGGAGCUUCAGCAGCUACCAGGUUGCUCCAGAAUGUAUACAUUUUUCAGCCGGGUCUAUGCAGCUGAAGCUCUGUGCCGCCUGAACCGGCCUGAAGAAGCUGCCGACCAUCUCUCGGUGUACCUUUCAGAAGGUAAUAAUGUUGAGUUCCCCUACAGUGAAGAGGACGGACUGAAGUGGCUCACAGAGAAGGAUGCAUACAGUGAAGAAUCCAAUGGCCCCGCCGCCAUCAAGCAGCAGAUGGCCCCACCAGAGCCAAAAUUCAGCCUAUUUCUCAGGCCCGAGGAGGCCUGCGGUGCCCUUUUUGUGAAUCUCGGUGCCUUACACGCCAUUCAGGGAAAUCUAGAGCAGGCUAGGCUGUUCUUGAGAAAGGCCCUGUUGGCAAUCCCGGGCAACCCCCAAGCACUGGCGGCAGCCGCCUAUGUGGAUCUUCGGCUGGGGAUCAUCCCAGAUGCCAUAGCCAAGUUGAAAGAGUGCAGUCAGGUCAGAUUCUUCUCAAAUGGUAUAACAUCGAGCGGCUCAAGAUAG